AUGGUUGCUGCAGUACACGUGAUGGAUGAUAUUGCCACACAGCGGGGAGUUUAUGUGAAAGAUGAAGAGCACACCGAUGAACAAGAAAGCGAUUCAUACCUGCCUUCAUCAACGAAAUACAGAUCAAGCUCGGAUAACGUCACCUGGGCGACUGAUGGCGUCUCUUUCUUCAUCAUUCAGGGCUUUGCAAACUUUGGCCAAAAUAAAAUGGUCCUUUUCAUCCUCCUGCUUCUUGGUUACAUUAUCAUCCUGGGAGGAAACAGCAUUAUUAUCUUUGUGGCGUUAACUGAUUCGAAGCUGAAAUCACCCAUGUUUUUUUUCCUCUACAACCUCUCCUUUGUGGACAUCCUCUAUACCACCACCACCAUCCCCAAAAUACUGUCGGGCCUCCUGUCAGACGAGAACACCAUUUCUGUCCCGGGUUGCUUCCUCCAGAUGCAGUUUUUCAUUCAGCUAGGUAUUACCAGCCGGGCCAUUCUGACUGUCAUGGCGUACGACCGCUAUGUGGCCAUCUGCAACCCCCUGCGCUAUGCCUCCAUCAUGACCCUUCCCGUCCGGCUGCUCCUUAUCGCAGGAGCCUGGAGUUUUGGUGCCUUCUGCACACUGCCGGCCACCUCCAUGUCCCUCCAGCGAUCGUACUGCGGCCCCAAUGUGGUUAAUCAUGGCUGGUGUGACCCAUCAUCCGUAAGGCGGCUGGUGUGUGGUGACGUUGCGGUGGAUAACAUUGUUUCACUUGCCUUCGCUGUUAUGUCACUUUCGACCACAGGAAUUCUCAUUCUCACUUCCUAUAUACUGAUUGGGGUUUCGGUAUCAAAGAUGGUAGUAGCUCAGAGGCUAAAGGCCUUCGGGACGUGCGCCGCCCACCUGACUGUGGUGUCCAUCUCCUACAGCUCAGCCUCGUGCGUAUACAUCUCUUACCGGGUGGGAAACUUUCCACCAGAGGUUCGAAUCAUCGUGUCAGUGUUGUACGCCGCUCUGACUCCUUUCCUAAACCCGAUGAUCUACAGUCUGAAGAACAAGGAGCUACGAGAGUCCAUUGGGAGAACUCUGAUGAGGUUCAGACCUGCUGCUGUGUUACCAACCAAAGACGUCAAAACGGUGAUCACAUUGUCCUAACUGGGAGAGAAAAUCUGCUGCAUGAGAAUGAAAUGAUCAGAUCUUUUAAAUAACUUUU